AUGGAUCUGAGAAUCAUAGCAGAUGGCACCCUCUUCUGGCCAUCUGCUGCAGAAAAUUUAACAACUCCAUUCUGGCCUAGGCUCCAGCAUCUCAACGUUAUGUUUCACCCUUCUACACCUACUGGAUCUAGUUAUCUUGAAGAAGUACCUCACUACGAGGGGUUUGAUGAACCUAUCCACUCCAUUAUCCCCAGGGGGCCUAUCAAGUGGUCUUCUAGCAUCAAUAAUUCACUUAAGAUGUACCACCCAGCCCCUGUGGAAGAGGCAAUGGAGCCGUUUCUUCCAGCCUUUGGCCGAGCAUUAGGCGCCAUGCCUUCGAUGCAGUCAGCAAACGUUGAAACCUGGGCAACAUGCUCACCAAGACACCACUGGUUUCUUGAUACUGCUGUUCCCAAUUUGCCCCCUCAUAAGGCACCAAUGAGAAGAUGUGUUAAGUGUCACAGAUGGGGUGUAACAUAUUUGAAUAGGCCUUCAAAGAAGCCUUACUUAGAAUGGCAAGUAGGUGAUUAG